AUGGCGUGCUCGUUCGUAAUAUGGCAGCUUUUCGUCUACCUGAGUGUCGCUGAGUUGGUGAUGGCAAGGGGAAAAGUAAUCGACAUUUUCAAUGGAGGAAAAGGUGAUAUUCUACAGCUUCACAGAGCCACUAGAUCAAUCAAUAACGAAAAGUUGCACAACGCAAUCUUCAGUGACUCUCAUCGUAAAUGGAAUGUGAAGGACUCGAACGGAAACACCGUGAUACCGUACAUAAUCUCAGGAGCAUAUGAUGCCACCGAACUCAAUACAAUAAAAGAAGGGAUGAACCGAAUUGAAAGAAACACUUGUAUUCGCUUUCGACAGAGAAGCACUGAAGCGGAUUACAUCGACAUUCAGAAUGCGGUGGGCGAAGGGUGUUACACCAGUGUGGGUCGUCUGACAGGACGAAGUGUACUGAUGCUUGAAGCAAGCGAAGAUGGCACAUGCGUUGUAACUGAAAUCGUUCAACACGAGCUGCUGCACGUGAUCGGACUGUGGCACGAGCAUAUGAGAUACGACAGAGACAAAUACAUCAGAGUGAAUUACGGAAACAUUCUCCCAGGUCAAAGAUCGCAGUUCGAUAUAGUAUCCUCCGCACAGUCAACGCUGUAUAAUAUCCCUUACGACUAUAAAUCGGUAAUGCAUUACGGAAAGGCAGCGUUCGCUCGGCCAGGCACAGUAACCAUGGAAACGCUUGAUUCUAGAUAUACGAAUGUGAUUGGAACGCAAACUGACGCCUCCUCAAGCGACUAUCAAAAGGUUUGCAACAUCUACGGCUGCAAAGUGUGUAACAGUGGAAUCACAGAAACAAAUGAUGAGAAUGGAGAUAAAUGGAGACCCGAACCUGAACCUGAGACUGAGUCUGAGACUGAGCCUUCGACCGACAAAGAGUGUUCCGAUAAGUUGACGAAUGUUUGUCGAACAGUGAAACAACUGGGAGUUCUUGACUGCAGUUACGGCUAUGCCAAGAAGUUCUGUUGUGCUACUUGCAACGCCGGAGAAUCGGGCAGUCCUGAUCUGUACUAUAACGACCACUGA